CAUGGCGAGUCUCCUCAGAGCACUUCCGCGCCUGCUGCUCCGAGAGGCGCCGCGGCGGGCCAUGUGGGGCCGAGCGGACGGCUGCGGGCCCGGUGCGGGGGCCGGACGCGGGGACGCAGGGUCUCCCACAAAGCAUGAGCCGUCUCUCACCAAAAGCGAAUGGCAAAAGAAACUGACCCCAGAGCAAUUCUACGUCACGAGAGAGAAAGGAACAGAACCGCCUUUCAGCGGGAGUUACCUGAACAACGAGGAGGCAGGAAUGUAUCACUGCGUGUGCUGUGACAGUCCGCUCUUCAGAGCUUCAUUUCAGCUGAGAAAUGACAGAGGCUUCUCUCCCGCACAGUGUGAAGCUCAUCUUGGCCACGUGUUCCCCGACGGGCCUGCACCCACUGGUCAGAGAUUUUGCAUCAACAGCGUGGCACUGAAGUUCAAACCAAAGAAACAGUGACUGUCUCCAAGAGUCCCUGUCCCUUGCCACCCUUUCAUUUGCACCUUUGAUUUCCAGAAUUCAUCUGAACGACUUGCUUGAUUUACUAUAAAACUGGGCUGAGUUUGCUGCAGGCACCCGGCGGAGUCACAGCUGCUCUUACUACCUGGAAUCAGCUCAACCCCACCCCUGCUUGGACCGUGGAGUUCCACCAGAUGACAGAGGGGCAGCCGUUGCCAGUGUGCUGGCUUCCCUUUGGCUUUGCGUGGGGCCACAGGGUAUGACUGCUUGGGGACAUCAGGACACCGAUGAACUAGUAAGCCACAAACUUCCUGCGAAACUUCUCUGCAGGUUCCAUAGGGUUUCAGUCCCUCACGGGAGUACACAGGUGAAAAGAGGAAGGAAAACAGGGAAUCCAAGCAGUCGGUAAUCUCAGUGCUGAAGAGCUGGGCUUUGGGAGGCACGUACGGUGAGCCGUGAGAUGCAGGAUUUUUUUUUUUUUUUCAAAAUUUACUUCCAAUCUUUCUACGCACAAAUCAGCUGUAAUGGAGUUUGUUAGAUUUCAGUGAAUACAAAUAAGUGUUCACCCUCAUACUUUAAAUACCUUUAAAUGUUCAAAUAAAAUAUU